CUAGCCAUCAACACGACAACACCACCUCAUCACCAUCAAAACGCAAGAACCAAUAAAGUGCGAGGAAGACAAGCCCGCUAUUGUAGAAUUAACAAUUCUUCAUACAAUCUCUCUCCCGCAUAGAUCUCCAACGGUUUUGGAAGGCGCCGCCGUUAAGACAUGUCCAAGCCUCCCCACGCGCCGCCGCAUCAACUCUACAAGCAGCAGUCUUGGUCUCCUGACGUUCUCCGGGAGGAGGCGUGGGAAAGGCGAAAGGUCAACAAGGUUACCGGCGGCCGUCACCGUCCCUCCAAGAGCCUUUCCGAGGAUGAUUUACAAGAACUGAAAGCCUGCAUCGAGCUCGGAUUCGGGUUCGAUUCGCCCGAACUCGACCCGAAGCUGUCCAGUACGAUCCCAGCUUUGGAGUUCUACCAUGCUGUUAACAAACAGUACAAUCACAGCCUAUCGAGGUCGUCGUCUUCAUCGUCGCUGGCUGUCGACGGUGACGCUGGAAGUUCCGGCACCCUGAUUGAUCCAGGCGAUGAUUUGAGUGCGAGGAAGACAAAAUUGAGGCAAUGGGCCCAGGUGGUUGCUUGUGCGGUGCGGCAAUCAUCAUCAAGCUGUCACAAUUAGGGACCGCGUUGACCCUAAUGAUCAAUUAAGAAUUUGGACAGAUUCGUGUGGAAAGUGAUUCAAGCAUGGUUGAGAGGGACCUCAUUCUCGUUCACUAAGCGAGAUGGAAUUUUUAUGCGGAUUGACUGGCAGCCUCUUCUGACUUGGGCAUAGAGAGCAUGAACUUUUAAAGGAUGUGUGUCGAGAUGGUUGGAUUCUUCAACCUCCACUUCUCUUUUCAUCCAUUUUGUCUUCUGACUUGGGCAUAGAGAGUAUGAACUUUCAGCAGCCAGUGACCAACAGGGACUGGGAAGGCAUUGGUUAUUGUCUUUGUAUGCCUUGUUUGUUUUCAAGUCUUUGCCUUUUGGCGUAUGACUCAUGCUUUUUAUCUUGUGUCUGUGAACUCAGGUUUCUCCCUGUCUUCAAUGAUAUUCUCAGUUUUCCUGUUGGUCAACAACAAAAAAUGAAAAAAAUGGUUGAGAGGGACAGUACCGUGCAACCAGACAUUUUCUGAAAGAUUGUAUAUUGAACAGGAGUAGGGUGCCCCUAGUGACAUGAACUUUCUUUUAUCCUUAAUAUAAGAUACAUUGUGAAAGUUUUUUAUCUCUUAAUAUAAGAUAAAGUUGAAGUAA